UGAUCACAUGUAAACAGGGAAAUGCCGGCUAUCGGCAUUUCUCUCCUCUCGAGCUGGCACUGAUGAUCAGUGUACCCUGAUGAUCAGUGUAACCCCAGCAGUGCCACCUGUCAGUGUCCAUCAGUGCCUUGUGUCAGUGGUCAUCAGUGCCACGUGCCAGUGCCACAUCAAUGCCACAUAUCAGUGCCUACCAGUGCACAUCAAUGCCACAUAUCAGUGCCCAUCUGAGCUGCCUUUCAGUGUCACCCAUCAGUGCCAGUCAGUGCCACCUAUCAAUGCCAAUCAGUGCCACCUAUCAGUGCCAGUCAGUGCCGCC